AUGAUAGAUGCAUAUGCUGAAAAGGGAUUUUGGACUGAAGCUGAGGCCAUAUUCUAUAGGAAGAAAGACUCGGCGAGACAGAAGAAGGAUGUUGUGGAAUAUAAUGUUAUGAUCAAAGCUUAUGGUAAGGCAAAGCUUUAUGAUAAAGCUUUUUCUCUCUUCAAGGGCAUGAGAAAUCAUGGGACUUGGCCUGAUAAAUGCACAUAUAAUUCUCUCAUUCAAAUGUUCUCAGGAGGUGAUUUGGUGGAACAGGCAAGGGAUGUUUUAACAGAAAUGCGUGAAAUGGGUUUUAAGCCACACUCUCUAGCCUUCUCUGCUCUUAUUGCAUGCUAUGCUCGCCUUGGUCAGCUUUCUGAUGCAGUUGAUGUGUACCAAGACUUGGUAAACUCAGGAGUACAACCAAAUGAAUUUGUGUAUGGUUCUUUAAUCAAUGGAUUUGUAGAAUCUGGCAGAGUUGAAGAAGCACUUAAGUAUUUUCGCCACAUGGAAGAAUCGGGGAUUUCUGCAAACCAGAUAGUUCUUACAUCCCUGAUAAAGGCUUAUGGUAAGGUGGACUGCCUUGAUGGAGCAAAAGUACUCUAUGAGAGGCUGAAAGAUCUAGAGGGUCCCCGAGAUAUUGUUGCAUCUAACAGUAUGAUCAAUCUCUAUGCAGAUCUUGGAAUGGUAUCUGAAGCCAAAUUGAUUUUUGAAAAAUUGAGAGCAAAGGGUUGGGCAGAUGAGAUAACAUAUGCCAUCAUGAUUUAUCUUUACAAGAAUGUGGGCAUGCUUGAUGAAGCCAUUGAUGUAGCAGAGGAAAUGAAACUUUCAGGUCUAAUAAGGGACUGUGGUUCAUUUAACAAGGUAAUGUCAUGUUAUGCCAUUAACGGGCAGCUACGUGAAUGUGGAGAAUUGUUGCAUGAGAUGGUAACUCGGAAACUCUUGCCUGAUAGUGGAACUUUUAAAGUAUUAUUCACUAUAUUGAAGAAAGGUAUUCCAAUUGAAGCAGUAACGCAGCUUGAAUCAUCUUACAAUGAAGGGAAACCUUACUCUAGGCAAGCUAUCAUCACCUAUGUUUUCUCUCUGGUUGGUAUGCAUGCUAUGGCGCUCGAGUCGUGUGAAAAAUUCACAAAAGCUGAUGUAAAACUUGAUUCUUUUCUUUACAAUGUUGCUAUAUAUGCUUAUGGGGCAGCUGGGGAAAUUGACAGGGCUCUGAACAUGUUCAUGAAAAUGCAAGAUGAAGACCUGGAACCAGACCUUGUAACGUAUGUUAACCUAGUGGGUUGUUACGGUCAAGCUGGUAUGGUUGAAGGUGUGAAGCGGAUAUACAGCCAGAUGAAAUAUGAAGAAAUAGAGCCAAAUGAAUCCCUGUUCAGAGCUGUAAGAGAUGCCUAUACAGAUGCCAAUAGGCAUGACCUUGCCAAAUUGGUUAGCCAAGAGAUGAAAUAUGUGUUUGACUCAGAACAUCAAACAGAUUCCGAAACUAAAGCUGAGCCUGAUGAAACUACUUCAGAUCUUGAGGAUUUGUAA